AUGCAUCAAAUUGACGGAAAAUCUGCUAGAGCUUUGCUUUUGAUUUUAUCCACGUUCACAUAUCUUCUAUUCGGCGCAAUGGUUUUUGAUAAACUGGAGAGUGAAAAGGACACUUGGGUCAGAGACGAAAUCGAACGGAUCACAGAUAGACUGAAACACAAGUACAACUUUAGUGAAAGAGAUUUGCAUUUAUUCGAAGCAAUUGCAAUCAAAAGCAUACCCCAACAAGCUGGAUACCAGUGGCAAUUCGCUGGUGCUUUUUACUUUGCAACAGUAGUUAUUACAACAGUUGGUUACGGUCAUUCUGCACCAUCAACAAAUGCGGGAAAAUUAUUCUGUAUGAUAUUUGCCUUAUUCGGCGUACCAAUGGGUCUGAUCAUGUUCCAGUCCAUUGGUGAGAGAGUUAACACUUUUAUAGCCUAUAGUUUACACAAGUUUCGAGACAGUCUCCAUCAGCAAGGGUUUACAUGUUUACAAGAGGUCACACCUACACAUCUUCUUAUGGUUUCACUGACAAUAGGUUUUAUGGUUAUCGUAUCAGGAACCUAUAUGUUUCAUACAAUAGAGAAAUGGUCGAUAUUUGAUGCCUACUACUUCUGUAUGAUCACCUUCUCCACAAUUGGGUUCGGGGACCUUGUGCCCUUACAGCAAGUAAAUGCACUACAAGAUCAACCACUCUACGUAUUCGCAACUAUCAUGUUCAUAUUGAUAGGACUCGCUGUAUUCUCCGCUUGUGUCAAUUUAUUAGUAUUAGGAUUCAUGGCAUCAAAUGCGGAUGAAGUUACGGCAGCACAACGAGAACCACCUAGUGCAAUAGUCUUAGAGAGAUUCACCAGAAAUUCGUUGGUGGACUCACAGAUUUUCAAUAUCCAAAAACAUAGUACAGUUGGAGUGCUCCCAGGACGGCCUAGGCGAAUGUACUCAAUUGUUCCAAACUCUACAGCCGAUGUACACCUCCGACGGAGAUCUACCAGAAGGAGCAUCCAGGACACUGUCUGCUGUGGAUGUUUCAAACCAAGGCCACCAAGGCAUCGGUUUUCACUUACUCGAAGGCCUACUAACAUCUCACAUCUGGUGGAUCUUGAACUAUAUUAGUACGUAGUUGUUUUAUUUUUCAGUUCAAAUUUGUUGUUUGGUUAUUUUUAUUUUCAUUAAUUUAUUUGUCUGUUUAUUUGAAAAAAAUUCAAUAUGAAGACUU